AUGUUAUCACCGCCCACCGCCAGCCUCCCCAGGCUUUUCCUCCCUCGCCAAACCCUCUUCAAAAUCCUCCUCGCCCUCCUCCCCUCAUUCCUCUCGGACCGCCUCUUCCCCGAUCAUAAACCAACUUACCGCGUCCAUCCAACCUCGUACCUCGACGGCCUCCGCGGCAUCGCCUCCAUCAUCGUCUUCUUCUGCCACUACACCGAAAACAACUUUUCGGCCCUGACGCCCUCCCACGGCCUCAACGUCGACCGCCCCUCGUCUUUUAUUCAACUACCCUACUUCCGCAUCAUCUUCUCCGGCAGACCAAUGGUGCACAUCUUUUUUGUCAUUUCCGGCUUUGCCCUGUCGUACAAGCCCAUCAAGGCUCUACACGCCCGAGACCUGGACAAAUGCUACACUGCCCUUGCGUCGUCCACGUUCCGUCGAGCGUUCAGGUUGUUUGGACCGUGCGUGGUGUCGACGUUUAUGGUGCUUUGUCUCCGGCAGACGGGGUAUCUGGGUCCGGCGCAGGAGACGCUGAUGGAGGAGGUGUGGAAGUGGAAGGGGGCGGUGUUUCACCAGAUUACUUGGGGGUGGGACUGGGAUAGGGAUUUGAAGCCGGCGUAUGAUAUCCACUUGUGGACGAUACCGAUUGAGUUUGCGCAUUCGAUGUUGUUGUUUAUGGUUGUGCUGAUGCUCAGUCGGGUGAAGCUGCAUGUGAGGAUGGGGAGUGUGUUGGGGUUGAUGGGGUACUGUUUGAUGUGUGGGAAGUGGGCCGGGUUCGAGUUUUUGGCGGGUUUGUUUUUGGCUGAGGUUUUCGUGCUGAAGCAGGAGGGGAAGAAGCAAAAGGAGUGGGAGGGGGAGAGGGAGGGGACCAAAGAAGGGGGGAUGGUGAUGGGGCCGGGCAUGUUGGUGAAGGGGUUGCAGGUGGUGAUGAUACUGGUGGGGUUGUUCAUUGGGGGUUGGCCGAAUAGGAGUGCGGAUAAGACGCCGGGGAUUAGCUGGUUUCUGGAGAGGACGCCGUUGCCGUUUGCGGAGAUGGAUCAUUUGGCGCCGCAGAAGUUUUGGUUUGGGCUGAGCGCGGUGUGUACGGUGUGGGCGGUGGGGGAGCUGGAUUUUCUGAGGAGGUUCUUUGAGGGGGGACUGGCGCAGUAUUGUGGGAGGAUCAGUUAUGCGAUUUAUAUCAUGCAUGGACCGGUGAUGGAUACCAUCCAGGCGUCGAUUCUGGGGCAUGUUGAUAUCCCUGCGAGGGGGAAGCCAGGGGAUGCGAAUUUUAAGGAGGCGCUUCCUGCUGCGGGUGUAAAGGGGUUUUUCGGGGUGAAGACGCCAACUCAGAUCACGUUGAGCUGGUUCUUUGGGAUGUGGAUGAUUGGGCCGUUUGUGUUUUGGGCGGCGGAUGUGUUUUGGAGGGUGGUGGACAACCGGAUUGUGGACUGGGGGAAGAGGUUGGAGAACUGGUGUCUGGAUGAGGACACUGGGCCUAGCCCGAGGUCCCAGGGGUAUUCUGUUGCUGCGUGA